AUGGCAACCUGUGAAGUGGACAGAGGAAGGAGGUGGCCCCAGGUCAGACCUCAGUCAAAGUCACCAGGAACUAAAACUAGCUCUUAUACAAGUUGGAGCUCUCUUCCUGAUGGCUGGCUUAAAGCACAGCAUGAAUGCUGCAAGUGGUCAGUGGGCGUUCCUCCUUUGGUGUCUCGGCGUGUUCUGGAAACUCUGACAUACUUGGCUCGAAAUCAUCCUUUUGUGGCAAAGAUUUUACUGCAGUUUAGACUGCCAAUACCAGAUGUACACGAGUCGGAGAAUUUGGAUCAGAGACGGGGCAAAGCUGUGAUGAUUGUUGGAGAUGAUAUAGAGAAAAGGCAGCAUCAGGAAGGAUACGUUUCUAUUGCAUUGCUUUUGAGUCUCUUAAAUCAACCCCUUUAUUUGAGAAGUAUAGCCCAUCUAGAACAGCUGCUGAAUUUGUUAGACGUCAUUAUUGAUAAUGCUGAAGGCAGAUUGAGUUCAUCUGAUGAGCAUGGAGCAUCUGCAGCUGACCAAUCAUCUGGUCCCCAGGUUUCCACCUCAGAUGCUGAGAUAAAUACUGGCUCUGGUGGCAUGUCCUCUGGCUCUGAGGCCACAACGUGUAAGGCUGAUGACGCCAUCAAACCCCCGUCCUCUGAUGUAAACAAGGAGUGUGAUAGUGAAGUUGUUCUUCGUAACCUACCACAGGCUGAACUUCGACUUCUAUGCUCACUGCUUGCACGGGAAGGUCUAUCAGAUAACGCAUAUGCUCUUGUGGCCGAGGUGUUGAAGAAGUUGGUGGCUAUUGCUCCCACUCAUUGUCAUCUAUUUAUCACUGAACUAGCUGGUUCUGUGCAAAAUUUGACUAAAUCUGCAAGGGAUGAGCUGCGUGGAUUUGGGGAAGUAGAGAAAGCACCCCUCAGUACUGCAUCCUCUGAUGGAGCUGCAAUACUCAGGGUUUUGCAAGCUUUAAGCUCCCUCGAUGCUUCAGUUGAUGAGAAGGAAAAGAAUCACCAGAGAGUUUCUGAGACAGAGCGCGCUGCUGCUCUUCCUCUUCCUCUUAUACGGAACAUCAAUGUGGCUUUGGAGCCUUUGUGGCUGGAGCUAAGCACUUGCAUAAGCAAAAUAGAGAGCUAUUCAGAUUCCGCACCUGAUGUGUCAAAGUCCUCUAUAAUAUCCAGAUCCGAAACAUCUCGUGUAAUGCCUCCACUUCCUGCGGGGACUCAGAACAUCUUACCAUACAUAGAGUCCUUCUUUGUGAUGUGUGGGAAAUUGCACCCUGGCCAAUCAGGUGCCGGACAUGAUUUUGGUGUUGCUGCAGCUUCUGAUUUUGAAGAUGCCACCAGUUCUGCUAGCCAGCAGAAAACUUCAGGAACAGUUUCGAAAGUCAAUGAAAAACACAUCGCUUUUGUGAAGUUCUCUGAGAAGCACAGGAAGCUUCUCAAUGCUUUCAUCCGGCAAAACCCUGGGUUGCUUGAGAAAUCUUUCUCGCUCAUGCUGAAGGUUCCUCGCUUUAUUGAUUUUGACAACAAACGUGCUCACUUUAGAUCUAAGAUUAAGCAUCAGCAUGAUCAUCAUCAUGGUCCUCUCAGAAUUUCUGUGAGAAGAGCUUACAUUCUUGAAGAUUCAUAUAAUCAACUGCGCAUGAGAUCAACACUGGAUUUGAAGGGGAGGCUGACGGUUAACUUCCAAGAGGAGGAAGGAAUUGAUGCUGGUGGACUUACCAGGGAAUGGUAUCAGUUAUUGUCGAGGGUUAUUUUUGACAAGGGAGCACUAUUAUUUACGACAGUGGGCAAUGAAUCAACAUUUCAGCCGAAUCCCAACUCUGUGUAUCAAACAGAACACCUUUCCUACUUCAAGUUUGUUGGGCGAGUUGUAGGGAAAGCACUUUUUGAUGGACAACUUCUAGAUGUUCAUUUCACCCGGUCUUUUUACAAGCAUAUCCUUGGGGUGAAAGUGACGUAUCAUGACAUUGAAGCCAUUGAUCCUGAUUACUUCAAAAAUUUGAAGUGGAUGCUUGAGAACGAUAUAAGCGAUAUUUUAGAUCUUACUUUUAGUAUUGAUGCUGAUGAAGAGAAGCUGAUACUCUAUGAGCGGACGGAAGUAACUGACUAUGAACUGAUCCCUGGUGGACGGAACAUUCGAGUUACUGAGGAGAACAAGCAUCAGUAUGUUGAUUUAGUUGCUGAGCACCGGUUAACUACUGCAAUUCGUCCUCAAAUAAAUGCAUUUUUGGAAGGAUUUAAUGAAUUAGUGCCUCGGGAUUUGAUAUCUAUAUUUAACGAUAAGGAACUGGAACUAUUAAUAAGUGGGCUACCAGAUAUUGAUUUGGAUGACAUGAGGAUGAAUACUGAGUAUUCUGGGUAUAGUGGGGCAUCUCCUGUCAUUCAGUGGUUCUGGGAGGUUGUUCAAGGUUUCAGCAAGGAAGAUAAGGCUCGCCUCUUGCAAUUUGUAACUGGCACUUCAAAAGUGCCUUUAGAAGGAUUCAAUGCUCUUCAAGGAAUUUCAGGCUCACAGAAGUUUCAAAUACACAAGGCGUACGGCAGUCCUGAUCACUUGCCUUCAGCACAUACAUGUUUUAACCAGUUAGAUUUGCCGGAGUAUCCUUCUAAACAGCAUCUAGAGGAGAGACUGCUGCUUGCUAUUCACGAAGCCAAUGAAGGAUUUGGAUUCGGUUAAAGGAAUCUAUAGGGUCACCAAGUGAUCAUGUAAAUAAUACAAUGUCAUCCGAAAUGUCAUGAGAAAAAGCUGAAAGAUUCAAGUAGGUAAAUGUCCAUAUCCUGUACAGUAUAUUUUCUAUUGCAAAUUUUUCUGGCAGUUUUUAGCUUUGCCAAUUUACUACAUUGUACC